CUGCAUAGAACUACAAUCUUAGUGUUUGCUUGUGAUGAUGGCUCAACCUAGUGGUGCACCUGUAUUCCCUCCAUUUUCUGUCAUCGGUCCUCAGUUCGUUACACCAGAACCACUUGAAAUUAUAGUCAAGAAGUAUCCUGGUAGAAACCUUAUGAUCACUGAUACUAAUCAUACAAUCAUGUUCAGAGUAAAAGAAUGUAAGACCAACCGUUUACAGCUCGCGCUACUUGACGCUAAUGAGAAGCCAAUCGUGAUGCUCCAAAAGGCUUUUAGUUUGCAUAAUAGAUGGAAUGUAUUCAAGGGUGAAAGUGUAUCCGAUUCGGACAUGAUAUUUACCGCAAAAACCGAAACGAUGAAAUUUAAGGCCAAUGUUAUCAUGAUGUUGGCAAACAAAAUGAGAAGCAAGGAUGUUUGUGAUUUAAGGAUUAAAGGGAGCUGGUCUAUGGGAAACAUCACAAUUUAUAAGGGAGAUUCUUCAACAGUAGUAGCACAGAUGCAUAAACCGCAAGACACAAAGUACGCUGCGAACAAGUUUACGGCCACAAUCCAACCUAACAUGGACUAUGCAUGUGUGGUUGCACUUUUUGCAAUUGUUGAGUAUGAAGAAAACCCGACUCUGAUAGGUGCUGCAGCUAAGAUUAAAUCUUAUGAGAAUACUAUAGAUACUGUUGGUAAUUUCAUUACCAAAAAAUAAGUUUAUUUAUGUGUCGUUGUUAACUAUUUUGUUGUCUCAUAGUUAAAUAUUAAUGUUUUCCCAUAAAUCAUGUGUAUUCUAUUAAAGUUGGAACCUUCAAUCUGUUUUUAGUGAUCAUCUAAAUAUGUCGUCAGUUCCA